CGCCCUCUAGUGGCCAGUGGCCGCACUGCAGCUCCAAUGGCCACCUAUUCAAGCUCGCCAACAUGAACAUGAACAUGACUCCUUCAUGAACCUCCACAAAGAUCACACUCGGCACUCUUUCCGUGCUAUUAAGUCUUCUCCUGGGAGGACUGCCGCUCAACUUCGGGGUGUUGGGCGUCUUCUGCAGAUUUGAAGACCUGGUGAGCACAGGAGUGUUGGCGAGGAGGAGACAACACCAAGAGGAUGGCAUCGCCGUUUGUGCCUGUCCCUGUGCCUUUGGACACAGCCUCAUCAGGCGGCAACAGGAAGGUGAGACGGACACAGCGAGCGUCUUCACUGGGGAGUGUCUCGUCCACACUGACCACUUCCACCAAUGGAAGCUCCCCCCGCCUGACCAACGGCGUGGACCGAGGCCGUCAAAGCCUGACGCCGCCUCCCCAAAGCCCCGUCUUGCAGACCGGGGUGAACGGAACUCUCCAGUCCUUUGGGUGUCCAGGUUGCCCUCGGUCUGUGUCAGACCCAGUAUGGAGCCAGCAGGGAGGAGAGCAGAGGCCCAUCACUCCCACCGUGCUUGGGUAUGAGGUCAUGGAGGAGAGGGCAAAGUUCACGGUCUAUAAAGUCCUGGUAAGGAAGACACCAGAGGAGAGCUGGGUAGUUUUCAGAAGGUACACUGAUUUCUCCAGACUCAACGACAAGUUGAAGGAGAUGUUCCCAGGAUUCCGACUUUCAUUGCCUCCAAAGCGCUGGUUCAAAGACAACUACAACGACAACUUCCUGGAAGAUAGACAGUUGGGACUGCAGACCUUUUUGCAGAACCUGGUUGCACACAAAGACAUUGCCAACUGCCAGGCAGUCAGGGAGUUUUUAUGUCUGGAUGAGCCACCAGGCCCUUUCGACAGUUUGGAAGAAAGCAGGGCUUUCUGCGAGACUCUGGAAGAAAGCAACUACCGUCUACAGAAAGAACUUCUGGAGAAGCAAAAAGAGAUCGCUUCACUCAAGCAGAGUCUUGUGGAGAAAGAGCAAGCCAUUCUGCUCCUGGAAAAACAUAUCAAUGGUGAGGCUGUGGGCUCAAGGUCUUCAUGCGGUCCCUCUGCUCAGGGCAUAGACGUGGAAUCACCUGCUGCAAAAGGUGAUCAGGACGUCCCCAACAACAGCGGCGAGACACGUGAAGUCCACUUGGCAAGAACCUCUGCCUGUUGGUGUGGACCUCCACCCAGCGCCUCUCCCCCCGUCAUCCAUGUCACCCAGCUGACGGAUCCUUGAGACCACCACAGGUCUUCUGCUCCCAUUCUACUCCAGCCUGACCCGUGAGCAGCUUGCCUUUCCCUGCCUGCAUCUGUCCUGCUCCUCCCUCCAUGCAGAUAGCACCUUUCUCCUUGGUAGCACUUUUCUUUCUCAGCUGUCAAAGUAGUUUUAUGAAAAAGGUUCUGCCACAGACGGUUCCACUUAUUGCUCUAUGGUUUCCACAUGGCUCACAGGAUAUUAGAUUUUAUCCACUGCGUAGAUCUUUUUGCAGAUCUGGAAUCACUGAACACGAGACAUAACCUAAACUCCUUCUCUUCAAAAGACUGACUUUGGCUUCUUGCUUAAAAAAAUGACACUACUGUCGGUUUGUGGACUCAUCCCAAGAAGGUCUUUCUGUCAAAGUGCGUAGAUGACAACACCAGAAGGUCCUCCAUAAAAGUAUAUAGAUGCUCAAUUUUAGUUUUGCACGGACGUCGCUGAGAUUAAGAGUCCAAACUUAAGUUGGCGUCUAAGAAUUGUUGAAUGCAGGGAGGGCCCAACAUCUCAUCUUUAUUCUUUCUUUUGACAAGCAAUAAGCAGUGUAGUGUGUGUCCUGCGUUGACUUUCACACGCAUCCAAAGCAAAAGGCAUGAAAUUGUGACAAUCACGUACAACAAUACCUCGCUGGUGUUUGCUCAAAGGUCAGGUGGAGACCAAAUCCUGCAAAAACUGAAGCAAGAAAACACUUCAACUCAAAGAAUUUCCUCCAGUCACCCACAAUUGUUACAUUUUCAUAUUUACUUAUUAUAGUUUAACAUGCAGAAAAUAAUGAAAGGACGAUUUACAUCACUUAAUUUGAUUCAAGACUCUUCUUGGCAAAGAUAGAUGCAACAUUUCUACUUAAUGACAAGUUCUUUAUUAAAGGGGAACUGCACUUUUUGGGGGGAUAUUCCUAUUGUUCAUAAUCAUUUUAAAAGAAAUGACUUAAUUUUUUUUAAUGAUUUCUAACUUGUAAAUAAAUGUAAAUAACGGGAGGUCCUCUAUUGCAGCCAUAAAAUCCAAUUAAAAAAAACCUUCAAAAAGUGCCAACAAUACUCCAUUUACAUUUAGUGACUUGAAUAUUAACUAUUAGUGACAAUGUUAUUACAAGUCCUAACGCAGACCAACUAUUUAUAGCGGCGCUGUGACCACUAGCGUGCGUAACUCGCCCGUACGAAAGGUGAGAUACCAUUGUAUGUCCUACACCACUUUGAGAUACCAUUGUAUGUCCUACACCACUUUGAGAUACCAUUGUAUGUCCUACACCACUUUGAGAUACCAUUGUAUGUCCUACAUCACUUUGAGAUACCAUUGUAUGUCCUACAUCACUUUGCUACAAGAAGUUAUGCAGAAGAAAUGGCUGCCAACAUUUCCAGGAAUGCAAAUGUGUUGUUGUUGUUGUUGCUGCUGUCGUCACGUCACCUGCACUUUCACAUCCUAACAUGCUGAAACCACUGCACUGCACCUGUGCUGAACAUGUUGACACCACUACACUGCACCUGUGCUGGACAUGCUGACACCACUACACUGCACCUGUGCUGAACAUGUUGACACCACUACACUGCACCUGUGCUGAACAUGUUGACACCACUACACUGCACCUGUGCUGAACAUGUUGACACCACUACACUGCACCUGUGCUGGACAUGCUGACACCACUACAUUGCACCUGUGCUGAACAUGUUGACACCACUACAUUGCACCUGUGCUGAACACGUUGACACCACUACAUUGCACCUGUGCUGAACAUGUUGACACCACUACAUUGCACCUGUGCUGAACACGUUGACACCACUACACUGCACCUGUGCUGAACAUGUUGACACCACUACAUUGCACCUGUGCUGAACAUGUUGACACCACUACAUUGCACCUGUGCUGAACACGUCUACACCACUACACUGCACCUGUGCUGAACAUGUUGACACCACUACAUUGCACCUGUGCUGAACAUGUUGACACCACUACAUUGCAUCUGUGCUGGACAUGUUGACACCACUACAUUGCACCUGUGCUGGACAUGUUGACACCACUACAUUGCACCUGUGCUGAACACGUUGACACCACUACAUUGCACCUGUGCUGAACAUGUUGACACCACUACAUUGCACCUGUGCUGAACACGUUGACACCACUACAUUGCACCUGUGCUGAACACGUUGACACCACUACACUGCACCUGUGCUGAACAUGUUGACACCACUACACUGCACCUGUGCUGAACAUGUUGACACCACUACACUGCACCUGUGCUGAACAUGUUGACACCACUACAUUGCACCUGUGCUGAACAUGUUGACACCACUACAUUGCACCUGUGCUGAACACGUUGACACCACUACAUUGCACCUGUGCUGAACACGUUGACACCACUACAUUGCACCUGUGCUGAACACGUUGACACCACUACAUUGCACCUGUGCUGAACAUGUUGACACCACUACAUUGCACCUGUGCUGAACACGUUGACACCACUACAUUGCACCUGUGCUGGACAUGCUGACACCACUACAUUGCACCUGUGCUGAAAGUCAACACCUGCUGUCAAACCAAUACUGCACUGUGAUGGCAGGCAGAGUAGGGAUGGUUUGUGGGAGCUGGGGAGAACAUUGUUGUUGUCACGGCUGUAGUCAACCGACGGUAUUGUGUGAGAGAGCAAGAAACAAAAUGAAUUGUACAAAAGAAAAAUAUAUCAUGAAACUGAGUCCUGUUCCAUCUUGAAAAUAAGUACAAUUGGUGGAAGUGGACGGAGCACAUUCCAACACAUCCUGUAUCUCGGUCGUCAUCGCAGUCUGUUUUUGUAGGGGCCAAACUUUUCUCAACCUCUCACGGACAAACACACUCAGACUUUCCCAGCAGGGAGAGAAGGUGCUGGUUCUUCUGGACGCAUUUCUUUCAAACUCAAUAUAUUUCCAGUCGGAAUGUUGAUUUGUGAAUAGAGAUAUUGAUUUUUAUCCCCAAAUUAUUGGUAACCCGCAGCUAACUUAGCUUACCUUGGCUAAUGAUGACAUCCUACUAGAUCAGAGGUGUGCAAAUAUUUAGACACAGGGGGCCACAUUGAGAGAAACAAUGUGUCUGGGGGGGCCAAGGUGUAUGUGUGUGUAAAUGAUAAAUACACACUUAGCUGUAGCAAUAUGCUGUACAGUAUGUGUGUAAAUGAUAAAUACACACUUUGCUGUCACAAUAUGUUGUACAGUAUGUGUGUGUAAAUGAUAAAUACACACUUUGCUGUCACAAUAUGUUGUACAGUAUGUGUGUGUAAAUGAUAAAUACACACUUUGCUGUCACAAUAUGUUGUACAGUAUGUGUGUGUAAAUGAUAAAUGCACACUUAGCUGUAGCAAUAUGCUGUACAGUAUGUGUGUAAAUGAUAAAUACACACUUUGCUGUCACAAUAUGUUGUACAGUAUGUGUGUGUAAAUGAUAAAUACACACUUUGCUGUCACAAUAUGUUGUACAGUAUGUGUGUGUAAAUGAUAAAUGCACACUUAGCUGUAGCAAUAUGCUGUACAGUAUGUGUGUAAAUGAUAAAUACACACUUUGCUGUCACAAUAUGUUGUACAGUAUGUGUGUGUAAAUGAUAAAUACACACUUUGCUGUCACAAUAUGUUGUACAGUAUGUGUGUGUAAAUGAUACACACUUUGCUGUCACAAUAUGUUGUACAGUAUGUGUGUGUAAAUGAUAAAUGCACACUUAGCUGUAGCAAUAUGCUGUACAGUAUGUGUGUGUAAAUGAUAAAUGCACACUUAGCUGUAACAAUAUGCUGUACAGUAUGUGUGUUUGGCUCCCUUUUUUUUUCAGGAACAAAUAAGUGCUCAUUGUGACUUUUGGUAGUCACCAAAACUCACUCUAUAGACUUCUAAAAACAGUAUGACAGACCACCUCAAAAAAACGGAAGGAAAUUUUACAGUGUUUUACUGAAUGGGACACCCAAAAUGUACGUUAAAAUAAAGAAAGUGAGAUUUACAAUAUUAAUGACUAUGAAGGGUAAAACACUGAAUAUCAACAACAUACCAACGCAGCUCCUCCAUACUUGUGUAUCCUUUGCAAUCAAGCAAAACACAACAGAACAAUAUGAAUACAAAGUGUAAUAAACACCUACAAUAUGAUAUCACUUCAACAUUUCUGACAGGCUCUCUGAAAACAAGCCCCGCCCACUCUGGUAUGUUCCUUGCCUGAGCUGCUGUAACGUAGAAUACCCUAAUAACUCCUAUAACACCCAAAAGUGCAGAUUUGGAACACUGAAAUACAUUCUAUAGUUCAAGACUUACGCUGGUUUAAAAACAUCAGUGCACAUCAUUAUAGCAAAUACACUUUUGGUCUAAAAAAAAACUUUGUAGAACUUCCGGCGGGCCGGAUUGAAAAUGUUAACAGGCCACAUGUGAGCCGCUGGGCCUGUUUUGGCCAGAGCUGUGCUAGGUGCUCCGUGUGUUGGAGUAAAACAAUGGCGUGGACACAGCUGAUGCUGUCCAAGCAUCAUGGCGUCUUCAUUAGCUCCUGGCUUGGCUUCUACGCUCGAAAUGAGACAAAUCUCACACACACAAAAAAGUUGUUUUCCUGAAGCGAUCGUGACAAGCAUUGUGGUCAUGAAUCAUGUCGCACGCUCACGCCCUCUUUUACACUUGUUUAAGGCGAACUGCACUUUGUGGCUAAUUUUGCCUAUCGCUCGCAAUCACUCUGAGACAUGUGACCACCCGUGGAUAUUUUGUAUGCAUUCCAAAUAUUUUAUAAACCUACGGAGUCAAUGGGAGGUCCUCUAUUCAGCUCAUAAAUUCCAACAAAAAACAUCCAAAAGAAGUAUAGAAUAUAAAGAAGUAUUAGUGAUAUUGUUAUUAUAAGUGCUAACACAGACACACUAUUUCUAGUCAUCACUUCCUGUGUCUGUGCUGCCUCGUGCUCUGGAACUUUAUUCUGCAUCAUAAAUCAUGUCUCUCACACAUACUGGCCAACCCUCACGGUUUUCCUGGGAGUAUCCCCAGUUUCACUGCCCCUCCCGAUAAUCUCCGGGGCAACCAUUCUCACAAAUGACUCCCGAUUUCCACCCGGACAACAAUGUUGGGGGCGUGCCUUUAGCGUCCUCUCUCACCUGAAACCCUCACCCUUGAACGUCCGCAUGCUGUCCUCAGUCAUGUCUGCAUGCUGUCCUCAAUCACGUCCACAUGCUGUCCUCAAUCACGUCCACAUGCUGUCCUCAGUCAUGUCUGCAUGCUGUCCUCAGUCAUGUCUGCAUGCUGUCCUCAAUCACAUCCGCAUGCUGUCCUCAGUCAUGUCCACAUGCUGUCCUCAAUCACGUCCACGUGCUGUCCUCGGUCACGUCAGCAUGCUGUCCUCGGUCACGUCUGCAUACAGUCCUCGGUCAUGUCUGCAUGCUGUCCUCAGUCAUGUCUGCAUGCUGUCCUCGGUCACGUCUGCAUGCUGUCCUCAAUCACGUCCACAUGCUGUCCUCAGUCAUGUCUGCAUGCUGUCCUCAAUCACGUCCACAUGCUGUCCUCAAUCACGUCCACGUGCUGUCCUCGGUCACGUCAGCAUGCUGUCCUCGGUCACGUCUGCAUGCUGUCCUCGGUCAUGUCAGCAUGCUGUCCUCGGUCACGUCAGCAUGCUGUCCUCGGUCACGUCUGCAUGCAGUCCUCGGUCAUGUCUGCAUGCUGUCCUCAGUCAUGUCUGCAUGCUGUCCUCGGUCACGUCUGCAUGCAGUCCUCGGUCACGUCGACUUUUCCUCCAUAUAAACAGCGUGCUGACCCGGUCACAUAACAUCUAUGGCUUUUGGAAGUCAGUGCAAACACAACAAACCGAUCUGGACUCCAUAAGACAUUCCAUAAGGAGUCACUUUGAUAAGAGGAUUCGCUAAUGGCAUCGACAUCGAUAAUUUCUGAACGAACAUCAUCCCUAUCCUCCUCCUUUUAUUUAUGUAUAAAUAUAUAAUAAAAUAAAUCAUUGAAUUUCAUUGAAUUACAGCAAUAUAUAUAUAUAUAUAUAUAUAUAUGUAUAUAUGUAUAUCAAUAUGGGGCCUAAAUUGGCCGUCAAAGUGUACCAACUUGUUGGAAUACCUACUCAGACGUCUCAUGUCCAGGUGAGAGCAUACACAAAUAUAUAUACAUAUACAUUUAUACAUCCAUCCAUCCAUCCAUUUUCUACCGCUUAUUCCCUUUUGGGGUUGCGGGGGGCGCUGGCGCCUAUCUCAGCUACAAUCGGGCGGAAGGCGGGGUACAUACUGGACAAGUCGCCAUCUCAUCGCAG